AUGGGUAGCUUGGCAGAAACCACCACCUGGAACCGCAGUUAUCCAUACCGAUGGGGCCAUGAGCCCAUGAAUGCGUUGCACUGGACGGAUGCCUAUGCGGUACAUCAUCCGUUAGUCACCUUGAUCUAUAACUGUCUAGCCCUGCUACAAGAUCGGUGGGUGGUUGAGAUUAGAAAUAUCUUUCGCAACUGCGUUGAUUCGUUAGCAAUAUGGCUAAAGGAACUCUGCUGCCGUGCAGAUGCCUCUGUGCAGGAUUCGCUUGAAGGCACUGAAAAUUCAGUGUACCUUGAGGUUCUUCUGUUGUUUGCACAUGGAACAUGGAGUGAUUACAAGAGUAAUAGCAGUAGUCUUCCUCAAUUGCACCCGGAUCAAGUUUUGAAGCUAAAGCAAUUGACUGUCCUCACACUUUCUGAGGCAAACAAGGUUCUACCAUAUUAUCAACUAAUGCUGGAGUUAGAUGUCACAAAUGUCCGUGAACUUGAAGACUUUAUUAUCAAUGAAUGCAUAUAUGCGGGUAUUGUGAGAGGAAAGCUGGAUCAGAUGCGAAGAUGUUUUGAGGUCCAAUUUGAUGCUGGGAGGGAUUUGAGGCCAGGACAACUUGGGAGCAUGAUACAAACACCAUCAAACUGGUUGGGUACACCAUACAACUUACUUAUUUCAAUUCAAGAGAAGAUAAAAUGGGCUGAUUCUAUGAGUGAGUUGGACAAGAAACAUCGGAAGGAGGUUGACGAUAGGGUGGAAGAAGUAAAGAAGUCCAUUUCUGUCAAGACAGAUGACGACUUUCGAGGGCUCGAGGAGAUCUACUCUGAACCUGGUGGAGUGAUGGACUAUGAGGAAGACCGAAUCCGUUCCAAGAGGUGAUUUGUGCCAUGGAAAAA